GACGGGCCUUUCCUCACCUGGGGUAUUUUUCCUGGUGUCACAUGGUCCCUGUGUCAUAGUCCGUGGUUUGGCCGUCAUGUUUUGGCCAUGCCUGUUGUUUGAGCACCGAGUUCUUCCUCUCGCUGUGUUCUAGAGGACACCGCAGCUCGUCUGCACGUGUGUGCGGUGUUCUCUUCAUAUGUAUUAAGGAAAAUGGUGAAACAUUUGUUGUUGGCCUUUGAGCACUGAGGGAGAUUUCCAUUCUCUGACAAAGGACUUGACUCCAGCCAGGCUCCUGCCUUCCCCUUGCCCUGUCCCCACAGCCUCUUCCUCAUCCUAGCUGCCUUUGAGGCAAAGUGGUGCCUCUUCCUUGGCGUCUGAGCAAGUCAGUGUCUUGGGGGCAGGGGCAAGUGGGUCUUACGUUUGCCAGGGCCAUUGAGAAGUGGUCAGUGGUCCCAGCCUGUGCGGUGACAGUGCAGGACAGUGGGAGGGACAGGCAGACAGCCAGCUGUGGCACUAACUCUCUUCCUCGUAUGUCUCCCCAGCCCGUGUCCCAGCCCACCCAGGUAACUCUGAUCACGGCACCCAGUGGGGUGGAGGCUCAGCCUGUGCACGACCUCCCUGUGUCCAUUCUGGCCUCCCCGACUACAGAACAGCCCACUGCCACAGUCACCAUCGCCGACUCAGGCCAGGGUGAUGUGCAGCCUGGCACUGUCACCUUGGUGUGCUCCAACCCACCCUGUGAGACCCACGAGACUGGCACCACCAACACAGCCACCACCACUGUUGUGGCUAACCUUGGGGGACACCCCCAGCCCACCCAAGUGCAGUUCGUCUGUGACAGACAGGAGGCAGCUGCUUCUCUUGUGACCUCGACUGUGGGGCAGCAGAAUGGUAGUGUGGUUCGAGUCUGCUCAAACCCACCCUGUGAGACCCACGAGACGGGCACCACCAACACCGCCACCACCGCCACCUCAAGUGUCGGUGCCAACCACCAGCGAGAUGCCCGUCGGGCCUGUGCAGCCGGCACCCCUGCCGUGAUCCGGAUCAGUGUGGCCACUGGGGCGCUGGAGGCAGCUCAGGGCUCUAAGCCCCAGUGCCAAACCCGCCAGACCAGCACGACCAGCACCACCAUGACUGUGAUGGCCACCGGGGCCCCGUGCUCGGCCGGCCCACUCCUUGGGCCAAGCAUGGCACGGGAACCUGGGGGCCGUGGCCCUGCUUUUGUGCAGUUGGCCCCUCUGAGUAGCAAAGUCAGGCUGAGCAGCCCAGGCAGCAAGGACCUGCCCACGGGGCGCCACAGCCAUGUGGCCAACACCGCUGCCAUGGCCCGUUCCAGCAUGGGUGCUGGGGAGCCCCGCACGGCACCUGCAUGCGAGAGCCUCCAGGGUGGCUCACCUAGCACCACGGUGACUGUGACGGCCCUGGAGGCACUGCUGUGCCCCUCGGCUACCGUGACCCAAGUCUGCUCCAACCCACCAUGUGAGACCCACGAGACAGGCACCACCAACACCGCCACUACCUCGAAUGCAGGCAGCGCCCAGAGGGUGUGCUCCAACCCACCCUGCGAAACCCACGAGACGGGCACCACCCACACAGCCACCACCGCCACUUCAAACGGGGGCACGGGCCAGCCCGAGGGUGGGCAACAGCCCCCUGCUGGUCACCCCUGUGAGACACACCAGACCACUUCCACCGGCACCACCAUGUCAGUCAGCAUGGGCGCCCUGCUUCCCGACGCCACUUCUUCCCACAGGACCCUGGAGUCUGGUCUAGAGGUGGCGGCGGCGCCCAACGUCACCCCCCAGGCUGGCACCGCGCUGCUGGUUCCUUUCCCAACGCAGAGGGUGUGCUCCAACCCCCCCUGUGAGACCCACGAGACGGGCACCACUCACACGGCCACCACUGUCACUUCCAACAUGAGCUCAAACCAAGACCCCCCACCCGCUGCCAGCGAUCAGGGAGAGGUGGAGAGCACCCAGGGCGACAGCGUGAACAUCACCAGCUCCAGUGCCAUCACAACAACUGUGUCCUCCACACUGACGCGGGCUGUGACCACUGUGACGCAGUCCACGCCGGUCCCGGGCCCCUCCGUGCCGAAGAUUUCAUCAAUGACUGAGACUGCCCCAAGGGCUCUGACUACUGAAGUCCCCAUCCCGGCCAAAAUAACAGUGACCAUAGCCAACACAGAAACUUCUGACAUGCCCUUCUCUGCUGUUGACAUCCUGCAGCCCCCAGAGGAACUCCAGGUGUCACCAGGGCCUCGCCAGCAGCUGCCGCCACGGCAGCUUCUACAGUCGGCUUCCACAGCCCUGAUGGGGGAGUCUACCGAGGUCCUGUCAGCCUCCCAGACCCCUGAGCUCCCAGCCGCCGUGGAUCUGAGCAGCACAGGGGAGCCAUCUUCAGGCCAGGAGUCUGCCAGCUCUGCGGUGGUGGCCACCGUGGUGGUCCAGCCACCCCCACCCGCGCAGUCCGAAGUAGACCAGUUAUCACUUCCCCAAGAGCUAAUGGCCGAGGCCCAAGCUGGCACCACCACCCUCAUGGUAACGGGGCUCACCCCUGAGGAACUGGCAGUGACUGCCGCUGCAGAAGCAGCCGCCCAGGCCGCAGCCACGGAGGAAGCCCAGGCCCUGGCCAUCCAGGCGGUGCUCCAGGCCGCGCAGCAGGCCGUCAUGGCAGGCACUGGCGAGCCCAUGGACACCUCCGAGGCAGCAGCAACCGUGACGCAGGCAGACCUGGGGCACCUGUCAGCCGAGGGUCAGGAGGGCCAGGCCACCACCAUCCCCAUUGUGCUGACACAGCAGGAGCUGGCUGCCCUGGUGCAGCAGCAGCAGCUGCAGGAGGCCCAGGCCCAGCAGCAGCAUCACCACCUCCCCACUGAGGCCCUGGCCCCUGCCGACAGUCUCAACGACCCAGCCAUUGAGAGCAACUGCCUCAAUGAGCUCGCCGGCACAGUCCCCAGCACUGUGGCGCUGCUGCCCUCAACGGCCACUGAGAGCCUGGCCCCAUCCAACACAUUUGUGGCCCCCCAGCCGGUUGUGGUGGCCAGCCCAGCCAAGCUGCAGGCUGCAGCUACCCUGACUGAAGUGGCCAAUGGCAUCGAGUCCCUGGGUGUGGUGAGUCGGAAGCCAGACCUGCCACCCCCACCCAGCAAAGCCCCCAUGAAGAAGGAGAACCAGUGGUUUGAUGUAGGGGUCAUUAAGGGCACCAAUGUAAUGGUGACACACUAUUUCCUGCCACCAGAUGAUGCUGUCCCAUCAGACGUAAGUGUCCCCAGGUGCUGAUGUCCUCAAGUGGGUGAAUCUUGACUCCACCGCCCUGAGCGGGGCUUACAGGAAACUCUUCCAUCUUUGGGCCAAGCUGAGUAGCCAGGAAGCCUGAGGAAGGUGGGCAGAGACCACCCCCCUGAAGCAGCAGAAAAGGAGAGCUCUGGUUCCUUCCCUCCAGUACCUGGCCACAGCCAGCCUUGCCACAUCCCUCCUUGCUGUGAAGGGCCAGCCACCGCUGACCUCUUUUCCCUCUGGCCCGUAAUCACCAUGGACCUGCAACGUUCCUGGGUGGCUCAGAG